AUUUGUUCCAGUUCAGUGAUCACUCUCCAGUCUCAUCCUCAUCAGAGAAAACCAUGGCUCGUACUUUGCUCCUCGUCUUCGGAGUUUUGAUCGCCUUCUUCGCCGGCACACAAGCCGGAUCAGAGUUCCUCGCAGAGGAAAAUCCGAUCAGACAAGUCGUUGAUGGUCUGCACGAGCUAGAGACGUCUAUCCUCCGAAUCGUCGGCGAGUCUCGGCGCGCUCUCUCCUUCGCUCGCUUUGCUCAUAGGUACGGGAAGAGGUACGAGAACGCUGAGGAGAUACAACGAAGGUUCCAGGUUUUCUCGGAGAAUUUGAAGAUGAUCAGAUCUCAUAACAAGAAGGGGCUCUCUUACACUAUGGGAGUUAAUGAGUUUUCUGAUAUGACUUGGGAAGAGUUUCGUAAGCACAGGUUGGGAGCAGCUCAAAACUGCUCUGCUACCACAAAAGGCAACCACAAGCUCACUGAUGUCGCCCUUCCUGAAUUGAAAGACUGGAGGGAAACUGGCAUAGUUAGCCCAGUCAAAAAUCAAGGUCACUGUGGAUCUUGCUGGACAUUCAGCACAACUGGAGCACUUGAGGCAGCUUAUGCACAAGCAUUUGGUAAGGGUAUUUCUCUAUCUGAGCAGCAGCUUGUGGAUUGUGCUGGAGCAUUCAACAACUUUGGCUGCAAUGGUGGACUGCCUUCUCAAGCCUUUGAAUACAUCAAAUAUAAUGGUGGGCUUGAAACUGAGGAUGCAUAUCCAUAUACUGGAAAGGAUGGCAAUUGCAAAUAUUCAUCCGAGAAUGCUGCAGUCCAAGUGCUUGACUCGGUCAAUAUCACACUGGGUGCUGAGGAUGAACUUAAGCAUGCAGUAGCAUUUGUUCGGCCAGUGAGUGUGGCCUUUGAGGUGGUUAAUGGUUUUCGAGCAUACAAAGGGGGGGUCUACACCAGCACAAAAUGUGGCAGCUCCCCAAUGGAUGUGAACCACGCUGUUCUUGCUGUUGGAUAUGGCGUUGAAAACGGCAUCCCAUAUUGGCUCAUUAAAAACUCCUGGGGAGGUGACUGGGGUGACAAUGGGUACUUUAAAAUGGAGAUGGGCAAGAACAUGUGUGGCGUUGCCACUUGUGCAUCAUACCCGGUAGUUGCUUAAGUAUUCAUGAAGAACAACGAUUGGAGUAGCUAUCCAGGAUAACCUUCAAGAGUCUGGUUGUGCAAAAAUAGUUGGAGUCUGUUGUACAAAAUAAGAUCCAGGUGAAACUGGCAGUUAUAUAAAUAGGAUUUUCAUGUAUUAAUCUUAAAAGCUAUAUGUAAAUUAUGACUAAUGCUGGAGACAUUAUUGUUCCACAAUAGAAAUACAUAUUGCAACCUCAACCUCCCCUAUUUGGAGAGCCAGGAUGCCACUUGGUAUUUUGAUGAAAUA